AUGGCUGCAGACAUUUUUGGGCUGUCUCAAGGUAAACUCAUCAAGUCGGGAUGUGAAAUUCAAGCUCAACUCAUUUAUGAACAAUCAGUUCAUUCCACCAUUCAUGAACUUUCAAGAGCCUUCAAAGAUUUUUCCCAGGAUGGAAUUCUUCAAAGACUUGCCCGAGAUAAACCAGCGAUUUCAGCAUUGGAAAGUUGUCGUGUACACAUUUCUGUUGCACUCUAUAAGCUCAAUAAUUCAUUAAUAUCCCCAAGUGAGUCCUCGUUGGAUUCGACAAUACUAAAUGAUAUUAAAACCUGGCUGAGUGGUGCAGGUGUUAACCUUUAUACAUGCAUUGAGGAAUUUGAUGGAGAAAUAGACAAAACAAGAAAUCUUGCCGAGGAAAAACUGAACAAAUCCGUUGAAUUGGUAAAAAAGUCUCUUCAACUCACAAAACAGCUUAACACUCGUAUAAGCUCAACGGAUAUUCCGAAGUUAUCAGAUUCCAAGUUUUUGAAUCAUAUGAACCCUAAUCUUGUAGUGGCAAAAGAUGGUUCUGGAAAUUUCAAAACAAUCAGCGAUGCCCUAAAUGCUGUCCCAAAUUACAGUAGUAAAAGGUUUGUUAUUUAUGUGAAGAAGGGUGUUUAUUUUGAAAGAGUUAAGGUUGAGCUUAGUAAAUGGAAUGUCAUGAUGUUUGGUGACGGAAUACACAAGACUGUUGUUUCUGGCCAUGCCAGCACGUCCGACGGAUUGAAAACAUCUUUGACUGGAACUUUCUGCUUGAUUUAUUGCAAAAGGAUUUCACCACCAACAUCUGAACCUAAAGUUUCAGAAACUAUAUUACAAAAGAUUCGGCUAAAAAAUAAAGCAGCUUUUGAGUACAGCCAGAUAUCUGUUUAUGGCAAGGGGUUUAUAGCUCGAGACAUGACAUUUCGGAAUACAGCUGGUGCAAUCAAGAAACAAGCUGUUGCCUUAUAUUCAGAUUCCGAUCAAUCAGUUUUCUACAGAUGCCGCAUUGAUGGCUAUCAAGAUUCUCUAAAUCCACAAUCCAUGCGCCAAUUCUUUCGAGAAUGCUUCAUUUAUGGAACUGUAGAUUUCAUUUUUGGAUUAUCAGCCACUGUUAUACAGCACAGUCACAUCUUUAUUCGAAGGCCAUUGCCUGGACAAGAAAAUGUCAUAACCUCUCACUCGAAGUUCCUCCCAGAGGACUAUACAGGAAUUUCAAUACAAAAUUGCAUCAUUCGAGCGGCCGAGGACCUCACCGGCGUCAGGACUUACUUAGGCAGGCCUCUGACUGAUUUCUCUAUCGCGGCGUACUUGGAUAAUUUGAUGGAUAAGUUGAUUGAUCCACAAGGGUGGUUGCCGUUCAACAACAAUACGCCUCCACCAGAGACUGUAAUAUAUGUGGAGUAUAAUAAUUGGGGCCCUGGUGCAACAACUAGUAGUAGGGUGUAUUGGAAAGGUUUAAGAAUUAAUCCUCCUAGAGUGGAAGCUAGUAGAUAUACUGUGAGGUCUCUUAUUAAUGGAGAACAGUGGCUCCCGGCUACAGGAGUACCUUUUAAAUUAGACCUCUAA